GGUCGCGCGCGGCGGAAUUCGGAUUCUGCGUGGAAACCGAAGACGCGCGAGGGAGGAACGCGUGGAGCAUGAAGAGGCAGAGGGCAUCCUCCGAACGGAAACGGGCGCGAAUACCAUCCCGGAAGGCCGGAGCAGCAAAUGGAUUUCUCAUGGAAGUGUGUGUUGAUUCAGUGGAAUCAGCUAUAAAUGCAGAAAGAGGAGGUGCUGAUCGGAUUGAAUUAUGUUCUAGUCUGUUGGAAGGAGGAACCACACCAAGCAUGGGUGUCCUUCAAGUAGUGAAGCAAUGUGUCCAGAUCCCAGUUUUUGUGAUGAUUCGGCCACGCGGAGGUGAUUUUUUAUAUUCAGAUCGUGAAGUUGAGGUGAUGAAGGCUGACAUUCAUCUUGCCAAACUUUAUGGUGCUGAUGGUUUGGUAUUUGGGGCAUUGACUGAAGAUGGACACAUUGACAAAGAGCUGUGCAUGUCCCUUGUGGCUCUUUGCCGUCCUCUGCCAGUCACUUUCCACCGAGCCUUUGACAUGGUUCAUGAUCCCAUGGCAGCUCUAGAGACUCUUUUAACUUUGGGAUUUGAACGAGUAUUGACCAGUGGUUGGGAGGUUACUUCAGCACUAGAAGGGCUACCUCUAAUAAAGCGACUCAUAGACCAGGCAAAAGGCAGGAUUGUGGUAAUGCCAGGGGGUGGUAUAACGGACAGAAAUCUACAAAGGAUCCUUGAGGGUUCAGGUGCCGCAGAAUUCCACUGUUCUGCUCGAUCUGCUAGAGAUUCAGGAAUGAAAUUUCGAAAUUCUUCUGUUGUCAUGGGAGCCUCUCUUUCUAGCUCAGAAUAUUCUAUAAAGGUAACAGAUGUGACCCAAGUAAGGACUUUGACUGCUAUUGCAAAGAAUAUUCUGGUUUAGCCAGACCUCUCUGAGAGACAUGAAUAUCACAGGAUGAAGGCAGAAGAGCACUCUACAAUUCUCUGUGACAAAGCUUUAACCUUCUCUGGUCAGGACGUCACGAUGUUUGUUUUAAGUCUCACAUGGCUGUGGAGAAUGUUUCCAAGGAAAAGAAAAACUUGAAACAGAGCUACAAUCACUCCCUUUGCUUAAUCUUGCCAUCUCCAUCAUCAUGGUUAAAUCUGGCCUAUGCUUCUUCCACAGACAGGCUUAGUCUCCAGUGGAAUUAAUUGAUGAACUGAGAAAAUUCAUCUUCAAGUUAUGAAUUUGGAGUGUGACUUAAGGGUCAAUUUCAUAGCACUAUUUUGCUUUUUUAUUUGUAAAAUAAAAAAUUUCCAUUCUACUA